UUGUCAGCUGGCGCAUAUAUUGAUUACCGUCUGCUUGUUAGACUUUCAGACGUGGCUUCCUUCUCAGUUAUAACCGACUUGACUCAUCAACGAUGCCUCUCAAGCUGUCUGCUAAUCUCAACAUGCUUUUUAAGGAAGCAGGGAGCCUAGUUGAGAGGUUCCAAGCGGCAAAAACGGCUGGAUUCUCGGCUGUUGAAGUGUCGUUUCCUUAUGAGUUUUCUGUCGAGAAAGUGGCGUCUGCCAAGAAAGAGGCUGAUGUUGAUAUCGUUCUAAUCAAUGGACAUCCUGGUAAAGGCUGGGAGCCUGCCAAAAUGCCGACCUGUGAUAUGGGUAUAGCAGCCAUUCCACACAGAGUCAGUGAGUUUUCUGAAAAGUUGGAACUCUCCAUUAAGUAUGCUAAAGCAUUGGGAUGCCCAAGGAUUCAUAUCAUGUCGGGGUGCAGGCCUGCCCGCAUCAUUGAUACAGGGAUGGAGGACUGCUACAUAGAGAACCUAACACUUGCUGCAGACAGACUCCAGCAGGAGGGGAUCAUGUGUCUGAUAGAACCCAUCAAUCCAUAUUCCAUUCCAACAUACUUCAUGAACUCUCCCUCACAUGCCUUAAAAAUUAUCAAGAAGAUCAACCAUCCAAAUUUGAAAAUGCAGUUGGACCUUUAUCAUCUACAAAUGAUAGAAGGAUGUCUUACAAAGCGUAUUGAUGAGUACCUCCCUUACACUGGUCACAUCCAGAUCGCUCAAGCUCCCGAUCGCCACGAACCAGAUACUUACGGCGAGGUGAAUUAUAAGUAUGUCGUGGAGCACCUAGAGAAGGCUGGCUAUGACGGAUAUGUUGGUUUGGAGUAUGUUCCCAAAGGUAACACCGUAGAUGGCCUCAAAUGGAUCAAUGAGAUGGGUUUAUCCUUAAAGUAGUUGUCAAAGCUAGUCCAGGCCAACUAAACUCUACAUUACUUAUCGGAGCAAUUAUGGACUUAUAUUAAGACAUAUUACUCAGUUCUUAUGAGAACUAUUCUGGGCUGUAGUAUGUGGAGAAUUAUCUAUGCUUGUGGUGCUGAGGGCUCAGUGCUUGUGAAAUAAAUUGAUUGCGGACGAGAGCAUUUAUAUCUUGAAUGAUUACCGUUAAUUGUCUUGUCAUUGUAAUGGAUAUUGGGACAAUUUUAAUCGUGAUUAGGACAUACAUUGGAGAAUGUCAGUUAUGUCUCGAUGUGACCGAGAUAUCAGGACUGCCAUCUUGUUUGAUGUACAUGUACAUAUAUGAAAUUCAUACAAUAAAAACUUCAUCAUGAUACAUGAUAUUUUUGAUCUCUUACUUCCACAAAGACAAGGACACUUGUAGGGUAUCCCCAAGUUCAGGCCAUACCCUUGUUGAUAAACAAAUUCUCCUCUCCAGGAAAACAUUCAAUUGUCCGGGAGCUGAGCGACUUUUAUUUAACAUGCAAGCUACAAAAGAUUUCUCAUUCAGAGAGACCAUGUUUCUAUCUGUUGGUAAUACAUUUGUAGGGUGUAAAUCCAGCCGUUCAAGAUUUACGUGUACAUUGAUGCUUGUGCUCCUGUACAGACCUCCCAUUCGUGGUCCAAUGAUAAAGCCAUAACUAAAAUUCUAACCCCUCUGUCUCCCUCAUCCACCACUGGAAAAACUUAAGAAUUGGGUUUCUAUGGUCAGGUAUAGGCGUACUCUAUCCCUCAAGACCUUCAAAUCAUUUGUAGCUUGCAUGUUAAAUAAAAGUGCGCAGCUUAGGACUACAGGACUCCAGGGGCAGCGGUAGCGCAGUGGAAGAGAGUCGGCCUCAUGAUCAGGAGGUCGUGGGUUCGACUCCCGGCCGAGUCACUCCUUGGUUCCCCGACUGGUCAAGUUCAAGUGAGCGCCUUCUGGUUGCUCCUUGAAACCCCCGAUUGAUUUCUGUGGAGACCGGGGUAAUAAUUUGAUAUCCCACAG